CUUUCUGGGACCAAGCCCAGAGUUUUCCCCAGACACCCUUGGUCCAGAGCAGCUUAUAAGAAGGCUGCUGGUGAAGCAGAUUCAGGAGAAAGGGGCGGAGGGAGGAGAAGAGAAGGAGGGAGGAAAAGAAACCAAGGGAAAACCUGCCUUUUUAUGGUCCCUUGUAAAGCCCCCAGGCAUUCUUAGCUCAGGUUCCUCCUCUUACUCUGAACAGAGCCACAAUUUUUCUUCAUCCCAUCCUCCCACCCAGACACUUUCCUGUAAGGAAAGCACAGACAAGCUGUGCGCUAUCAUUGCUGCCUUUGCUGUGCUGACAUGAAUAUGAAAGCGCUAGUUAUCGUCUUGGUGCUAGCUCUGGCUACAAUUUUUGCUCUAGUCUGUGUCUUGCUGACAAAGAAGGAAAAAAAAGUCACCAGUUGUGUCUACUCUGAACUACCAAUUUUCUCUGAGAGGCUGAACAGAGAACCAAGUGAGAUCUUUGCUGAUCUGACAGCAGAUGAGAUGACUCAGGUGGUGAAUUACCUCAAGAAGAAUCUCAGGGAGCACCUGGAAGAUGCAUUUCAUGCAAAACCGUCGGACAAUUGCAUUUACUAUAUGGAUGUGCACUUCCCACCUAAAGCCAAAGUUCUGGGCUUCCUUGAUCGUGGAAGGGAACAGCCAUCCCGGCAGGCAUUGGCUGUGGUAUACUUCGGAAGCCAGUCAGAUCCAAACAUCACAGAAUUUAUAGUAGGUCCACUUCCAAAUCCAGUGUACCAUCGAGACAUUACAAUGCUGAAAUUUGGCAAGAAGAUCCCAUAUCACAGCAGACCAGUGACUGAGAGGGAAUACAAAGAUAUUGACUUGUUCAUCUUCCAUAAGCUCUUCAAUACCUCCAACUUCCUCAAAGAAUGUUGCAAUUAUGAGAGGACUGAUUUAGCUACUCUAACCACAGCUCCUCGAGGAUUUGUGUCUGGCGAAAGAGCCACCUGGUUUGUCCUCUUCCAGAACGUGAUUGGCAGCGGGUACUACAUCCAUCCUAUUGGCUUGGAGAUGCUGGUGGAUCACAGCAGUCUGAACAUCUCUGAAUGGAAGCUAAGGAAAGUAUUCUACAAUGGUCGCUAUUAUCAGGACAUGGCUCAGCUGGAAAAAGAGUUCAAGAAUGGGCAGGUGAAGGAGGCAAGAGUGAAGAGUAGCCAGCUGCAGCUGGAUGAUGCUUCCAGGAAGCAUUCUGAACCUGCAGCUUCUCCAGGCCCAUUUCAAUUUGAGACCCAAGGAAAGCGCUACACUGUAACUGGCAGCCAUGUUGCCUAUCAGUUAUGGAAGUUUGCCUUUGGGAUGAAUGUGAACACAGGGCCACGUCUCUUCAACAUCAGAUUUAACAAUAAGAGGAUUGUCUAUGAGCUGAGUCUGCAGGAAGCUCUUGCCACUUAUGGUUCCAACUGUCCUGGAGGAAUGGUGACCAGAUACAUGGAUGGUAGCCUUGGCAUUGGAAAGUUUUCUUAUGAACUAGUCCGGGGUGUGGACUGCCCCUACAUGGCCACCUACAUGGACCGGCAUUACCUAAUAGACUCUGACACUCCCAAACUGAACAAGAACUCCUUCUGCAUCUUUGAACAUGAUAUGGGUGUGCCUCUGCGUCGCCAUUUUUCUAAUUUAGGCUCCUUUUACUAUGAGGGGUUACCCAAAUAUGCUUUGGUCUUAAGGACUGUUUCUACCCUCAUUAACUAUGACUAUAUCUGGGAUUUUGUAUUCUAUCGAAAUGGAGCUAUAGAAGUCAAGGUCCAUGCUACAGGAUAUAUCAGCUCUUCAUUUUUCAUGGAAGGGGGUACUAAGCAUGGAAACAAGGUUGGGGAGUACACACUUGGAACCAUGCACAACCAUCUGAUAAACUACAAAGUUGACUUGGAUGUGGAAGGAGUGAAGAACUCUUUGGUGGACCUUGACAUGGCAUAUGAACCUGUGCAGGCUCCUUGGAGCACAGAGCACACAAUCCAGCGACCAAUCCUCACCCACCAAAUCCUGGAUAAUGAAGAAAAAGCUGCUUUCCCACUUGAUGGCAAAAUCCCACGGUACCUGCUUUUCAGUUCUAACAACGAAAACCAGUGGGGCCACAAACAGAGCUACCGCAUCCAGAUCAUCAGCUUUGCAGGCGAGCACUUGCCGCAAACUAGCCCCAUGGAGAAGGCCAUCAGCUGGGGCAGGUACAAGCUGGCUGUCACUAAGCAGAAAGAGGAGGAACUGACCAGCACCUGCAUCUAUAACCAGAAUGAUCCAUGGGAUCCCCUGGUGACCUUUGCAAGCUUCAUAGACAAUGAGACCAUAGCUGAUGAGGAUCUAGUGGCCUGGAUCUCAGUUGGAUUCUUGCAUGUGCCACACACUGAGGACAUUCCCACUACUGUGACAGUUGGCAAUGGAGUGGGCUUUUUACUUCGGCCGUACAACUAUUUUGAUGUUGAUCCUUCUAGCAACUCCCCUGACAGUGUCUACUUCAGAGAUGGUGAAGAUGCUGGAAAGUGUGAUAUCAACCAAAUUGCUUGUUUGCAACAAACUGUCUCAUGUUUUCCCAGCCUGCCACCCUUCACUUACAGUGGCUUUGAAAACUUGACAAGUCCAUGACAAGAAGAAUCUACAUUUUGCCCUUACUUACUUUGCUAAAACAUACUCUGGCUUAACCUGAAAAAAAAAUUGCCAAGCCUAAAGGAUGACUGGCCUGAGCACCCCUGGUUCUCCUUUUCCAUUCUGUCUGUUCCCUUACCUUUUGUCACCCCUCAGUGUUGUCAAUUUGAGGCUGGGAUUUUUUUAGUCUAACUGAAUGGAGAAUUUCUGCUUUUAGCUGACAGUCAAUCAGGUGCUUUACCCAGCCUUUUUACCAUUAUGGUUAUAUCAUUAGGCAACUAUGUGUUUCUUCUCUUUGAAUAUCAUUGACUGAUGUUCAAAAUGUUCCAGCAUGUAUAGAUUUUCACCUCAUGGAAAAUUACUGGGAAUCUGAAUUGAGCCAGGACACGAUACAUUUGUCUUGAAUAUUAAAGAGAGGAUGCACAAGGACUUGCUUAAUUAAAUGAUAAUUAGAAUGCACUGAAUGCUUUCAAAUGGCCAUAGCAAUAUUCUGGCUUUUGAAAUCUCCAUUCAGAGGCACAAAGCUAAAGGUGAUUAGUUUAUUACAUUGUAAUUCUAGGCCAAAAGCUUCCAUCAACCUCAUGCAUGUGGAAACUGUUUUCAGCCACUUGGGAAAGAAAUUCUUUAAACUGGGCAGGGGGAAUUUCUAUACUAAAAGACAGGCUGCUCAUUUGCAUUCCAGCUCUAUCCCCUGCUGAAUUGCAGCAAUCUUUUUCAAUAUAACUAGAAAUGUAAAUUCCUCUGCUUGCCUCCUGUGAUGGUGCUAAACCCUCCGAGAAUUUAUGCCCCAAACACAGUCAUGAUUUGGGUGCCUCUUUUUAACAUCCUCCUUUGAAAUGCUGGAAAUGAAUGAAUGGAUUUGAAGGACCAUUUUCAAACAGGAAUGCACUGCGUGUUUAAAGAGCCCCUGGCCUUGCAAAGGAAUGUCAGAUAAAUCAUGUGAUGGUGGCCAGCGAACCAGCAUUAGAAUCAGCUGAUCACAGUUGCUUUCAGAUGGGCACAAGCCACUAUUAGCACUAGUGAAGGUUCCUCUUCAGCUGUGGAACUAUAGUUGGCUUUCCACACUAUUGGAGGCAUUGUACUUUUCCUAAGUGUGUAUCUUGUUCUGUUCACACCAGUGUAAGGAAAUUGAUGCUCUGUGAGCAUGGGGAAGUGGUUUACAUGAGUGGCUAGGAGGAAAAAAAUCCAAUAACUUAAAAAAAAACCCAAUUGUUUAAUAAAAUUUUCAAUAGGAUACAUCUCCCCCUGCCCCCAAACAGCCAUGAAUUCUGGAGUGGAGGAUGAGUCAACUCGUUUUCUUGUACUAUUGAUAAUGAUAGAAAAGUUGUUGGGAUGAGAACUAAUUGUUGGGAUACUUGCUGGUGAAUUUAACCCUUUCUGUAAACUAUAAAUGGGGCUUUUUCUUCUUUUAUUCCAUUAGCUCUUCUGUCUUCCAUCCCAGUCCAAAUUUGUUUUCAGAUGUCAUUUGAGGUGUGAGUUACCACCUAUAAAGCCCUUCAUGGUACAGAGCCUGGACAUCUGAGGGAUUGUUUAUCUUUGAUAGUUUCUGCCUAUCCUGUACAGUACAAUCAGACAGAGUGGGCACAUUCCCAGUCUCACCCAAUUCAUCAAUGCCAUCUAAUGGGACCCAUGAUUUCUCAGUCAUGGCAUCUCCCUCUGAAAUAGCAUCACCCCAGAGAUCCAUAUGGUUCCAUAUCUUCCUGCUACUGUACUUAUUUUCUUAACCACAGGAAGUGCAGGACAGUCAACUUCAGUAUAAACACACAGGGCAGGAACACUGCUGCUCUAAACCCAUGUGUUAUCUGAAAGAGAAAGAUGCCAUGUCAAGAACUUGUUUCAAUAAAUCUGGUAAUUGUUCAAU